AUGAAGCUGGUCCCCCGCGAACUUGACAAGCUGGUCCUUCACCAGGUCGGAUUUCUCGCACAGAAGCGACUAGCAAGAGGUCUGCGACUCAACCACACAGAGACCGUCGCCCUAAUUGCCAGCCAGCUCGCAGAGUUCAUCCGCGACGGCCGCCAUUCCGUCGCAGACCUCAUGGAUCUGGGCAAGCAGCUUCUAGGACGACGACAGGUCAUGCCGGGUGUCGCAGAGAUAUUGCAUGAAGUCCAAAUUGAGGGCACCUUCCCCGACGGCACCAAGCUGGUCACUGUCCAUGACCCCAUCAGUAACGAGAGCGGAAACCUCGAACUCGCCCUCCAUGGAUCCUUCUUGCCCAUCCCAGACGUCGACCGGUACUUCCCUCCGAUCACAGAAGUCGAGGAGGCGACCUUUGUUCACCCUCCAGGAGCCAUUAUCACCGCACCGGGCACACUUACCCUCAACAAGGGUCGUAAGCGACUCCGUCUGGAGAUCACCAACACAGGCGACCGACCUAUCCUGGUUGGUUCUCAUUUCCAUCUCAUUGAGGCUAACAGCGCGCUCAAAAUGGAUCGUGCUCUGGCGUAUGGUCAUCGAUUGGACAUUCCUGCAGGAAACGCCAUCAGAUUUGAACCCGGUGAGAAGAACACAGUGACAAUCGUCAGCAUUGGGGGCAACAAGAGAAUCUCUGGAGGCAACAACCUUGCGUCAGGAACAGUCAACCCUGAGAGACUGAGCGAGAUCAUGGCCAACUUGGUCGCUAAGAACUUUGUGCAUAUGGAACAAUCCCCCGCCUUGAAUGUCAGGGAGCGUCCGGAGUAUCAAAUCCCAAGAGAGGUCUACCAGUCCUUCUAUGGACCCACUACAGGCGAUCGAGUCCGACUGGGCGACACUGACCUAUGGAUUGAGAUUGAGAAGGACUUCGCCCACUAUGGCGACGAGUGCAAGUUUGGAGGAGGCAAGGUCUUGCGAGAGGGAAUGGGCCAGGCUAAUGGGAUUCCUGACAGCGAAGCGUUGGACCUUGUUAUCACAAACUGCAUUAUUCUCGACUAUACUGGAAUUUACAAGGCUGAUAUUGGAGUCAAGAAUGGUGUUAUUUCGGGAAUCGGAAAGGCAGGAAACCCGGAUGUCAUGGAGGGAGUGAUGCCAAACAUGAUCGUGGGUGUUUCAACAGAGGUCAUGGCAGGAGAGCACCAAAUCGUCGUCGCCGGAGGCAUCGAUACGCACGUCCACUACAUCUGCCCACAGCUCAUUGAGGAGGCACUGACGUCGGGUUUGACGACCUUAAUUGGUGGAGGAACUGGACCUAACACAGGAUCCAACGCUACGACCUGUACACCCGCUGCUGAAUUCAUCAAGAUGAUGAUGCAGGCCACCGACGCUUCGCCCAUCAACAUUGGCAUCACUGGCAAGGGCAACACGGCGCAUUUGAAUGGCAUUCAUGACCAGGUCAAGGCUGGAGUCAUCGGACUGAAGCUCCACGAGGAUUGGGGCACAACCCCUGCUGCGAUCGAUACCUGCUUGACUGCUUGCGAUAUGUAUGAUGUCCAGGCGACAAUCCAUACUGACACACUGAACGAGGCAGGAUUCGUCCAGUCGACUGUCGGUGCAAUCAAGGGACGCACCAUCCACACCUACCACACCGAAGGAGCUGGAGGAGGGCACGCCCCCGACAUCAUUACUGUCUGCGGUCAGCCCAAUGUUCUUCCCUCAAGUACCACCCCAACCAUCCCAUUCACCAAGAACACUUUGGACGAACACAUAGACAUGUUGAUGGUCUGUCACCACUUGGACAAGAACCUGCCGGAGGACGUUCAUUUCGCCGAGAGUCGUAUCCGUGGCGAGACUAUUGCUGCCGAGGGCUGUCUGCACGACAUGGGAGCAAUCAGUAUGAUCAGCAGUGAUGCACAGGCCAUGGGACGCAUUGGGGAGGUUGUUGGACGCACUUGGAUGCUUGCUGACCGGAUGAAGCAGGUUCGUGGACAUAUCGAUGACGAGGGCCAGGAUGCCUUCAAAACCACGGCUGACAACUUCCGUGUCAAGCGCUAUGUUGCUAAGUACACCAUCAACCCUGCUGUGGCUCAUGGAAUCUCGCAUCUGGUGGGUUCGAUUGAGGUAGGCAAGGUGGCAGAUUUGGUGAUGUACGGACCAGCCAGCUUUGGGUCCAAACCCACCCAUGUCCUCAAGUCUGGCGUGGUGACCUUCUCGGCAAUGGGUCUGGCCAACGGCAGUAUCCCUUCAACCCAGCCGAUCAUCCUGCGACCAAUGUUUGGUGCCAUCGGCAGUGCGGCCGCCGCAAACUCGAUUAUCUUUAUGUCCCAGGCUGCGGUCGAAUUGAACCGAGGCGCGGAGUACGGACUGAAGAAGCGAGUUGAGGCGAUCCGCAAGUGCAGGGAUAUCUCCAAGGCGGACAUGAAACUGAACGAUGUCUGCCCGGUGGUCGAGGUCGAUCCAGAGUCGUUCGAGGUCAGCGUGGAAGGAGUCAUGAUCAGUGAUAUGGUUAAGCCUGCCGACUCCUUGCCCCUUGCCCAAUCCAUGUACAUCUUCUAG